ACAACAUAUGAAACUUUGAUUUUUUUUACAACCUGAACCUUUGUUUUCUACAACCUGAACCUUUGUUAAACUGUAUACAACUAUCAAUCUAAUUUUUCUAUUACCAGAUACUCGGUUACUUUUAGACCAUUAGUUUUCACCAAAAAAAAUUAAAAUUUCAACAAUAUUUUGAUUAAAAGAAAGAGACUGAAAUUAGACGCAGAAAUACUAAGAGGUAGUUUGGUCAAAGAUCCCGAAAAGAGAGCCAUAACACACACGCACACGCUUCUCACGAUCGAUCGCCAACUUCUUCAACCACUAUUUCUGCUUAACUAUAAAAAACAUUAAUAACCCCAAAAUCAGAAUUCAUUCAUCUUUGACAAUAAUAAAAACUCUCUUUGUAAACGACAACGCGUUCACAGUGAUUCUCUUUCACGGUGAAUGAUGGCUGCUGGAUCAGUGGAUGGGAUCUUCCGUAACAUCUUCGAAGGAUGCAUCUCUAGCUGCGACGCUUCCAUCGAACGACGUCCAUACCACAAAAACUGCAGCUGCGCGCUUCAUAAAAGAUCUUGUCGCCACAAAAGGUCCGAGGUUGCCUGGUUCCCUAUCACACGGUCCUGGAGCGAAGGCAAUAGUAUGGCUCUGCAUCUCACCUCGUCUUCAUCUUCCUCUAAUCUCCACUCGCUUUCAUCGUCUUCAUCUAUUUCUACGCUUGCAUCGUUAUCUUCUACAGCUUCUUUGACCAUGUCUGAUAUUGAUUCCUCCAUUGAAGGCUUAAAAUAUUAGUUAACACAUUCAAUUACCUAUUUUUUGAAGAGAGUCAAAUGAUUUUUUUCGUUCUUGUGUAAUUAGAAAGGUUUCUUGGGUUGCUUCCCAAAUAAAAAGAAUUUGAAUAUCAUUUGUUUUAUUAUUUAUAAUUGUAAUGGUCAAAUAUGUGAAUAUAAAUUGUAACGGUCAAAUAUAUGUGAAUAAAAUUUGUAAUUGUCAAAUAGAUA